AGCGAGUUUUGGAAGAUGAGUUCUACCAUUACGUUUUAAGAUUCGAUCAAUUAGUUGUGUUGUUGAAUGGACCUUCUUCGAUUGAGAGAAAAGGGUAUCUUUUUAUCUCAGAGAAGAAGGAAAUGGCUGAUUUUUAUGGCGAUUUCUGGUGUUUCUGGUUAUGGAGCUUACAAGGUUUAUCAUUUGCCAUCUGUCGCCAGAAAAAGGAAGCGUCUUUUUAAGCUUUUUGGAGCCAUUGUCUCUGUAGCUGAAUUGAUCUCUGAUUCAGCUGAGACCUUAAGUAUCGUGUCACGAGACUUGAAGGGUUUUCUCAAUUCAGAUUCUGAUGAAAUCCCUAAUAGCUUGAAGCAGAUCGCGAAGAUCACAACGUCGAAUGAGUUUAUGGAUUCGCUUUCUAGGGUUUCUCAGGCUGUGACGAUUGGUGCCUUUCGUGGGUACAAAUCCGAGUCGUCUAGUAACAACAACGUUGGUGAUUCAGGAAUUGAGAAGUCAUCGGAAUCGAGUGUUCUUGAUAAGGUUUUCUCAGAGGCUGGGACUGGGUUUGUUUCUGUUGUUGUUGGUAGCUUUGCUAAGAAUCUUGUUCUUGGGUUUUACUCUGGUAAGCUCGAGAGUGGUGUGAAAUGUGAGGGUUCUGAUUCUUCAGAGACACCUAAAUGGGUGAAUUUGCUUUGUGAUGAUAAGUGUAGAGAGCUUUUAGCUGUUUGUAUUGAGAGAUUCACCAGCACUGCGAUUGGUGUGUAUCUUGACAAGACGAUGGAUAUCAAUACUUAUGAUCAAAUCUUUGAAGGCUUGACGAAUCCGAAACAUCAGGAUAGUGUCAAGGAUGUUCUUGUUUCGGUUUGUAACGGUGCUCUUCAGACUAUUGUUAGGACAUCUCACGAAGUGUUUACAUCUUCAAGGUCUAAGAAUGUGAUAGAAGAGAUCGAAGAUGACGAUUUCAAGAGUAAUGGUUCCGCGAGAAGCAAGAUGGUUUCGGAAUCAGGAGAUGGGAUGAAGAGUAAUGGGUGGACUGAGGCUAUCACAACUACAUUGGCAGUUCCGAGCAAUCGGAGGUUUAUGUUCGAUGUAACAGGAAGAGUAACACUAGAAACGACAAGAUCAAUCAUCGCAUUUAUAAUGUUGAAGACAUUUCAAGGGUUCAGAAAAAGUAUCAAUGUGGUUCAUGAAGAGGUUACAGACAGAGGACGCCAAGUAGUUGAUUACGUUGGAGCCAAAUCUUCUGUUAUAAUCACUGUGUGCCUUGCGUUGUACUUGCACAUCAUAAGCGGCUGUGUUCGGAAUUCUCCCAUAGGCGUAAGCCAGCAUUUUUAGUUCUUCAGAUGAAGAACGGAUUGGUUGGAUAUAGGAUAUUAUUUGUUAGGUACACAAGAUUUAUCAGCUCUUUGUUUAUAGUGGAGCUGAGGACAUUGUAAAG